AUGCCUCGGGCCACGAAACGGGAGCGGUUCGCCGAGCUGCGCGCCCUCCGGCAGUCGGGCAAGAAGAAGUUCGACACAUACGAGGUCGAAGACGCGGCAGACCUGUACGAAGAAGUCGACGAGAACCAGUACAAGAAGAUCGUGCGGGACCGCCUGAACGAGGACGACUUUGUGGUGGACGACAACGGCGAGGGCUACGCCGACGAUGGCCGCGAGGAAUGGGACCGCAUGCGGACGUAUGAGUCGGAGAGCGAUGAAGCCCUGCCGGCGCGGGGGAAGGAGAGCAAGUCCAAGAAGCAACGCGAUGAUGAACAGGCGAAGCGAGAUGCCAACGACCGGAACAUUUCGGAAUACUUCACAAAGGGUGCCGCCAAGGUGCAGCCCAAGCCAAAAAUCAUUAAGACGGAAGAGGAUGAUGAGUUCAUGGAAAACCUUCUAGACGCGGUGGAUGUUAAUGUCCCAGUGCCGUCGAGGACAACCAAGAAGAGGGAUAGAUCCGUGGAGAGAAAGAAGCCCCGAGCUGUGUCUCCCGUGCGGGAUACCCUGCAGCCGGUCACAAAAAGGACCAAGAUGCUCGACGGCACGGCGUCGUCCCCCAUGCCCAGCGACCCACCCCUACCGGAGGUGGAGGACGAUUUCGUGCCACCGCCCAUCGAAGAAGAGAACGAACCCCCCGUGCCCAUGGACGUUGCGAUGAGCGACCCAGCCCCGUCCUCGCCCGCGGCCAAGGCUGCGGAGCGCAAGACGCGGCCAAAAACGGAGAAGAGCGAAUACGAUGACUUUGACGACGACGACGACGACGACAUGAUGGAGGUCUUCCACACAGGCACGGUUGCGAACACAAACGUUGUCAACAUGUCGGCAUCGCGGCAGAUCAAGAAGGUUAUCAAGGCCGAGCCGGAGCCUGUGCUCGCGAGCUCGUCACCGGUCAAGGCCCCCGAGGCCGCCGCCGUCGACGCAUCGGCGUGGAACGGAAUCCACGAUAAGCUCAACGUGCUGAGCAGCUCACAGUCGGAGACGCGCAGCCUGGGCAAGAUCGACUACAAGGACGCGGUAGAAGAGGACGGGAGCGUGCACAUGUACUGGACGGACUACACCGAGGCGAACGGGAGCCUGUGUCUGUUCGGCAAGGUGCUAAACAAGAAGACGGGCCAGCACGUCAGCUGCUUCGUCAAAGUGGACAACAUCCUCCGGAAGCUGUACUUCCUUCCGCGUAAGCACCGGGUGCGGCACGGGGUCGAGACGGACGAGCCGGUGGAGAUGAUGGACGUGUAUGACGAGGUGGACGGGAUCAUGACGGCGAUGAAGGUGGGCAUGCACAAGAUCAAGGCGUGCCGGCGCAAGUAUGCCUUCGAGCUGCCCGGGAUCCCCACCGAGGGCGAGUACCUGAAGCUGUUCUACCCCUACACUAAGCCGGCGAUCGAGAUUGGGGCGAAGGGGGAGACCUUCUUGCACGCGUUCGGCGCCAACACGUCGCUGUUCGAGCAGUUUGUGCUCUGGAAACGCAUCAAGGGACCCUGCUGGCUGAAGAUCGCCGACGCCGACUUUGGCGCGCUCAAGAACGCCUCGCACUGCCGGCUCGAGGUGCUAGCCGAGCACCCGGGCAUGGUCAACCUAUUGAACGAGAACACCGGCGGAGAAGGCACCGAUGCACCGCCGCUGACGCUGAUGAGCCUGGCGCUGCGCACCGUGUUCAACGCCAAGGACAACAAGCAAGAGAUUCUGGCCAUCUCCGCGCGUAUCUACGAGAACGUCUCCCUCAACGACACCACCCCGGCCGACAAGCUACCCUCGCGGACGUUCACGCUCAUCCGCCCGCAGGGCACCGCGUUCCCGUUGGGAUUUGAAAAGCUGGUGCGGGACCGCCAACAGAAGUACAAGAGGGGCUUGAUCAAGCUGAUGAAGCAAGAGUCCGACAUGCUGUCCUUCUUCCUGGCGCAGAUCGACCUGGUCGACCCAGAUAUCCUGCUGGGCCACCAGCUCGAGGGUGUCGACUACAGCAUCCUGCUGAACCGACUAUACGAGAAGAAGACACACCAGUGGUCGCGGCUCGGCCGCCUACGCAAGACCACCUGGCCGCCGUCGAUGGGCAAAGUCGGCGGCAAUGUCUUUGCCGAGCGCCAGAUCAUGGCUGGGCGGCUGAUGUGCGAUCUGGCUAAUGAAGCCGGCAAGUCGGUCAUGUUCAAGUGCCAGUCGUGGAGCCUGACCGAGAUGUGCAACCUGUACCUGGCAUCGGAAGACGACAGUGGCAGCCCCAGCAACCUGCGUCGCGAAGUCGACAACGAAGCUGCGCUCAAGACUUGGGCGGUCACUAAAGAGGGGCUGAUGGACUACAUCUCCCACGCCGAGACCGACACGUACUUUGUGUCAGCCCUAGCCCUGCGCACGCAGAUUCUCCCGCUGACGUUGGUGCUGACCAACCUGGCGGGUAACUCCUGGGCGCGCACGCUGACGGGUACACGCGCCGAGCGCAACGAGUACAUUUUGCUGCACGAGUUUCAUAAACGAAAGUAUAUCUGCCCGGAUAAGCAACCCUUCCGGGGGGGUAAGAGGGAGGAUGAGGAUGAGGUUGGGGCUGAUGAGAAUGGGAAAACCAAAAAGAAGGACAAGUACAAGGGUGGCUUGGUGUUUGAGCCGGAGAGGGGGUUGUAUGACAAGUUUGUGCUGGUCAUGGACUUCAACUCGCUGUAUCCGUCGAUUAUUCAGGAGUACAACAUUUGUUUUACGACUGUUGAUCGGACGUGCUCGACCGACGACGAACAAGAAGAAGGCGUUCCACCGGUCCCUAAAGACCACGAACAGGGCGUGCUGCCGGCACUCAUCUCGCAGCUGGUGAGCCGCCGACGGCAGGUCAAAGGCCUGAUGAAGGACAAAGGGGCGACCCCCGAGCAGAUCGCGACGUGGGACAUCAAGCAGCUGGCGCUCAAGCUGACGGCCAACUCCAUGUACGGGUGCUUGGGGUACACCAAGUCGCGGUUCUACGCGCGCCCCUUGGCCGUGCUCACGACCUUCAAGGGCCGUGAGAUUCUGCGCAGCACCAAGGACCUAGCCGAGAGCAUGAAGCUGCAGGUCAUCUACGGCGACACCGAUUCCGUCAUGAUCAACGCCAACGUCGACAACGUGGCCGACGCCUUCAAGGUCGGUCGCCAGUUCAAGGCCGAGGUCAACCAGCAGUACCGCCGCCUUGAGAUCGACAUUGACAACGUCUUCCGCCGCAUCCUGCUGCAGGCCAAGAAGAAGUACGCCGCCAUCAACCUGGUCGAGACUCCUGGCGGUGUCUUUGUCGAGAAGAUGGAGAUCAAAGGUCUCGACAUGCGCCGUCGCGAGUACUGCCCGCUCUCCCGCGAGGUGUCCAAGCGCAUCCUAGACGAGAUCCUGUCAGGCGACGACACCGAGGUGUCGGUCCAGCGCAUCCACGAGUACCUGCGUGAGGUAUCCGUCCAGAUGCGCUCCCAAGCCAUCCCCCCGCAAAAGUACAUCAUCCUCACCCAGCUCGGCAAAGCCCCCCGCGAGUACCCCAACGCCGACAGCAUGCCUCAGGUCCAGGUCGCCCUGCGCGAGCUCGCCCGCGGCAAGACCAUGCGCAAGGGUGACGUCGUGUCGUACAUCAUCACCGGCGACAGCAAGACCACCUCCGAACCCGCCCCCAAACGCGCCUACACCCCACAAGACGUGCUUAAGCCCGACUCCGGCCUCAUCCCAGACAUCGACUGGUACCUCGGGAAACAAAUCUUCCCCCCCGUCGAACGUCUCUGCGCCAACAUCAUCGGCACCUCCACCGCGCAACUCGCCGACAACCUCGGGCUGGACGCCCGCCGCUACGCCAACAACUCCUCCUCCUACAACGGAGCCAACUCCGGCACCACCGGCGCCGGCCACGAAUUCCACCCCCUCGAAUCCCGCACCCCGGACGCCAUCCGCUUCCAACACUGCGCCCCUCUCACCCUGCGCUGCCGUUCCUGCAAAGUCUCCUCCCCCUUCCCCGGCCUCCUCGCCAACCUCCAAGGCAGCGAAGCCGAAGCCUCCGACGCCAACCAACCCAAACACCUCCAACACGUAACCCCCUCCGGAAUCCUCUGCCCAGCCUGCGACACCAUCUACCCCACCCUCUCCCUCGUCGCCCAAGUCGAAUCCGCCGUCCGCGCCCACACAAACAGGUAUUACGAAGGCUGGCUGGUCUGCGACGACGCAAGCUGCGGACACCGUACCCGCCAACUCAGCGUCUACGGCGGAGCACGCUGCUUAUCACCCCGUACCUCCUCCGGAGACCACUGCACGGGUAGAAUGCACUACGAGUUCCCCGCGCGGGAGAUGUACAACCAGCUGAAGUACUUCGCUUCGCUGUUUGAUGUUGAUCGGGUGAAGAAGCAGGUGGUGGGCGGGGAGGAAGCGGUGGGUUGGGGGGGGAGUGCGGAAGUGGUGAUUCCUGCUGGAGAGGUUAGGGAUGAGGUGUUGGCUGUGGCGGAAAAGAAUAGAGUAAGGUUUGGGACGGUGAAGGGGGUGGUGGAGAGGUAUUUGGAGAAAUGUGGGUGGGGGUGUGUGGCUAUGGGGCCGUUGUUUGCGCAGUUGGGGUUGAUGGGGUAG